GUACCAAAAAAAAAACUGCUUCACUCAAAUCUCACCAUUUUCCCCCAUCUUCCAUUUCUCCAUUCUUAAAAACCUCUCAAAUCUCUCCCUCACACCACAAAUCAAUCCUCAUUCCCCCAUUCCACAUUUCUCUCCGCCGUCUCCUCCGCCACCAUGCGGCGACCAGUCCCUCUCUCCGCCGCUCUGGCCCUCCCUCUCUUCCUCCUCCUCCUCUUCUCCUCCACCGCCGACGCUCACAACAUCACCAGAAUCCUCGCCAAACACCCCGAGUUCAGUACCUUCAACCACUACCUCACAAUCACUCAUCUCGCCGGCGAAAUCAACCGCCGUCUCACCAUCACCGUCCUCGCCUUAGACAACUCCGCCAUGUCCGAUCUCCUCGACAAGCAUUUCUCUGUCGGCACCAUCAAGAAUGUGCUCUCGCUUCAUGUUCUUGUCGAUUACUACGGCGCUAAAAAGCUCCACCAGCUCUCCAAAGGAACUACGCUUUCUUCUACUCUGUUUCAGGCUACCGGCUCCGCUACCGGAACCUCCGGAUAUGUUAAUAUCACUAAUAUGAAAGGCGGUAAAGUCGGAUUUGGCUCGGAGGAUAACGGCGGCGAUCUCAAUUCGUUUUAUGUCAAAUCGGUGGUGGAAAUGCCUUACAAUAUCUCAAUCUUGCAGAUCAGUAAGGUUAUUACAUCCGCCGACGCCGAGGCGCCAACGGCGGCGCCGGUCAGUUUAAAUCUGACGGAGGUUCUGCCGAAGCAAGGUUGCAAAGCCUUCUCCGAUCUAUUAAUAGCCGCCGGCGCCAUCGAGACCUAUCAGUCGAACGUCGAUGGUGGAUUGACGAUGUUUUGUCCAACUGAAGACGCACUCAACGCCUUUCUUCCAAAGUACAAGAAUCUCACGGCGGCGCAUAAAGUUUCGCUGCUGUUGUACCAUGGCAUGCCGAUUUACUUAUCGCUGCAGAUGCUCAAAUCGAACAACGGCGUCGUCACCACGCUGGCAACAGACGGCGGCGCCAAGUACGAUUUCGUCAUCAAGACCGACGGUGAGGACGUGAUGGUAAAGACGAAGGUUGUGACGGCAACGGUGACAGCGACGUUGAUCGAUUCGGAGCCGUUGAUAGUGUACGAAGUCGAUAAGGUGUUGCAGCCGAAGGAGCUUUUCAAGGCGGUGCCGGAGGAAGAAGAGGAGGCUCCGGCGCCGAAAUCAGCGCCGAAGAAGAAGAAGUCGAAGGCGCCAUCGCCUAAGGCGUCGGAUGGGGAGGAGGCGGAGGAUGCCGACUCGCCGAUUGGGUCCGACGAAUCCGACGGCGAACCGGCGGAUCAGACAUCGGAAAAGGAUGGGGCGUUUGGAUCGAACGGUCAGAGAUCGAUCGUGGCGAUGAUGUUGAGUUUGUGGUUCGCUGUUUUGAUAGUAUGAUUUUUAUGAUGAAGCAACACGUGGCGCAAAAUUAGAGGUCCGUUACUCAUAGAGCAAAAUAAAAUGUCAACUUGUAUUUGCGAUUUUUUAUUUAUCUUUUUUUGAGAUUGUCGGUGGUGUUUUUUUAUUUUUAUUUUUAUUUUCACUUUUUUUUUUGGAUGGUGUACAGUCACUUAAAGUAUCAAAUUGGGUUGUAUUUUCUAUGA